AAGUUAAGAGACUAUAUUUUGAUAUAUACUAUUACUACUAUACCUACAAUUUUAAAAAUUAUUUUCCAUUCAUUAAAAAAACAUUUUUCAAAACAAACAAUCUUUUUCCUCGAGUGACCCGAUCGUUACCCGUUUUGUUUCCGAAAUUGAACUCUGUUUAGAACUCCGAUAACCGCCAUGGAAGGAGGCGGAGGAACGCUAUCGGAGGUUCACCAAACCGCGAGAAAGCUGUUACUCAAAACACGCGACGGCCUCGAACGUCUCGAGCGCCUGGAGUAUUCCAACUCCUCCUCCUCAUCUUCCGAUCUCUCCUUCGCCGUAAGCAAAGACAUCACUCAGAUACAAUCCCUCUGCGUCGAGAUGAAUCGUCUCUCACGCUCUAUUUCCGUCAGAUCUCAACGCGAUCUUUGGAAAAGGAAAUUGGAACAAAUAGCUGAAGAGGCUGAGUCGUUAAGAGAGAGUUUGGAGAAAUAUAACUCGAGGAAUCAUAUACGAAUGAUGGAAGCUAAAGAGAGAGCAGAGCUUCUGGGAAGAGCUAAUGGGGAUUCUAGCCAUGUUAUGAGGAUUUAUGAUGAGGAGGCGCAAGCGAUGCAGUCGGUUCGUAGUUCUGCGCGUGAAAUAGAAAAUGCUAAUGCACUUGGGGAAACUAUACUUUCAUCUAUUCAUGGACAAAGGGAUCGCUUGAAGAGUGCACAGAGAAAAGCAUUGGAUGUUCUCAAUACAGUGGGGAUAUCAAACCGUGUUUUGAGGCUAAUUGAAAGGCGUAACCGUGUGGAUCAAUGGGUCAAAUAUAUGGGGAUGAUAUUGACUAUCAUUUUCAUGGUUGCUUUUGUUCUAUGGAGACGUUAACAGGUUGUUGAACAAUUGACAUAUUUCUCACGUUCCUCAGUGGAAAGUGUAUAAAACGUUGAUUUAAGGUCUUUCAAGGCUAACCAGUAGAGCAGUUUUUCCAGAAAAAUCAAUCCUUCAAUGGCAUGCAGAAGUUGCUUAUAAAUCCCAUUUUUAUUACUGUCAGUGACACCCUAGAUAUCUGGGUGGAAUUGUCCAUGCCUGAUGUACUAUAGUUUGUUCAGUUAAGAGACAGGAUCUAGCCUUGCACACUGAAAGGAUAAAAUUCACUCAUGUUAUCUAUUGAUUUUAUAAUAUUUGAUUCA